UCAGACACAGUGACACAUCAGCUACAGUGACACGUCAGCAGUGCCACGUCAGACACAGUGACACGUCAGCUACAGUGCCACGUCAGCAACAUGACGGGCCUGCCAGGCCAACUGGCGAAUGAGCCCAUUGCCGACCACAAAAAGCGCUUCCAGGCUCAGCUCGCUUUAAUCGAGGCUGAGGAACAACGCCAGCUGGCAGUCAAGGCUGCCCAGCUACAGGCUGAAGAAGCGGCAACAGCAGAGAAGCUGCGGCUACAGGCCGAAGCAGACGCAGAUGCCCAGGCUCGCCACAAGGAAGCCCAGGAUCUGCUGCAGCGGCAUGAAGCCAACAGCAUCAAGAGACUCAAGUACUGGCACUUUGAACCGAAUGGCGACGAGGCAACACCGGAAGAACAGCAUAAGGAGUUCAUGGCCAAGCUCGUGACCAGGUUGGUUUACACUUGUAACCACCUACAGUCCGAGCUGGCGCAUAAGACUCAGCACGAGGAUGCCACACGGGCACUGGACGCCCGUGUACAGGACUUGGAACAAGUUCCACCAAGACCAGAUGCUGGGGCUUCCAGCAGUGCACCCGCUAGCCGCCAACUGGAGGAACACGUUGAUCACGUAGUGGCAAUGCUCGGCGACAUCAGCACCUUCGCUGCGCUGACCACCAUCAGCAGUCAGCUGCAUACCUUGAAGACCGAGGUCCAGCAGCUGCAGUCGACGAACACGGAUGGCAAUCCUAAGUUGUACAAGAUGCCAACUUUCCAACUGGACAGGUUCGACGACCACACGCAGCAGGAUCCGGUCCUCUGGUGGGAAGCAUUCACGACGCAACUUCGGAUUCUGCCUGCCGCUAAGCAUGCGUACAUCGGCGCCCUGUUCAUGAACUCAAAGGGCGGAUGCCAGACCUGGUUGACCCACCUGGCAACCUCUCACGGCGUCGACGUACCAGACUUGAAGGACAAGAUCACAUGGGAGGAACUGACACGGCUGUGGAAGAAACGGUUCAUUGUCGACGACGCGCCGACACUCGCCAUCAACCGUCUUUUCACCAUGUCACAGGGCAACACCGCAACACGAGACUGGCUCACGGAAUGGCAGAAGAUCGCGGCAGUGCCCGAUCUGGACUUACCAUUCACGCAUCUACGUCGUGAGUUCUAUAACAGGUCAUGCGCUGCGCUGAGCCAGGCACUUGGUGAUCGCGAGCAGUAUGCAUCUUUCGCCGAGAUCAUUGACAAGGCAAGAGAGAUGGAGAAGACCCAGCAGCCACUCCAGCAUCACGUGAGGGAGAUCAGCCAAGGAGGAUGUGCGGCCUCGGCUCAACUCGGGAAACUGAGUUUCGUGGGAGGUGAGGCGACUCCACCCCCCACUCCGCCAGAUUCGGCCGCCUUGCUAGCGGCCUCCUACACAUCUGGGGAGGAUGCGAAUGUUGCAAGUCCUCGGUACACUUACGAGGAUUAUGCUGUCCACUUGGUUCCACCGCUGGACCAACCGCUCCACGUGCAACAAUCUACCGCAUGCACGGUUUCAUCACCAUCGGCAACCGAUUCGGCAACUUCGCCAUCAUCUACCGUCGGGGAUUCAACGUUAUGGUCAAGACUUGAAGAACUCGACCCGUUGACUUUUGAGGACUUCCAAUGGAUGCCCCUGCCCCAAUCCGGUCGCUUGCCGAAACCGCAUUGCAACGUGCUCAAAGCACAAUUGCGGGAUUACUUGCACACUGCAGUACCGACUCCGUUGAUGGACGCCGGAGUAGAGGUUGUCGACCUUCACGCCUACAUUGCGAAGAUCGACAGCGAGUUCAGGACGCAACGGUACGACGACAUCGACGCACCAUUGCUAUAUGUACGCAUUCAGAUCGGAGAGGCGACCUGCAGCGCUUUGAUUGAUUGCGGAGCAUCUCGCAACUACAUGAGUCAGGACUUCAUGUGUAUUGAUGACGUCCCAGUGUACUUUGCCCCUCACGCAAGUGAGGCGGUGUCCUUUGAUAUUCUGGACACCAAAUUCGACAUGAUCUUGGGCAUGUCAUGGCUGCGAAGCGAGGACCMCCCGGUGAACUUCUACCGCCGCACCGUUCCCGUUCGUGAUCGGAACGGAGUACUAGUCCUAUGCACGGUAGCUCCUCCUCACCCUUNCGUUCGUGAUCGGAACGGAGUACUAGUCCUAUGCACGGUAGCUCCUCCUCACCCUUCAGUCAGCUGUCACGUGGUAUCCGCCGCAAGCAUGCAAGCUUCCAUCAUCAGAGACGACAUCGAGGAGAUGGGGCGAUGUUUUCUCCACGCCUUCCCGCCCCAUGACGCUUCAUCGACGGACUCUUCUUCGGAUCCACGCAUCACCGAGCUUCUCGACGCCUACAACGACGUGUUCGAAGGCCCGCACGGAGUAGUACCGGAUCGGCCCAUCCGCCACGAGAUCAUCCUCGAGGACGGGGCCGUACCUCCACACGGUUGCAUCUACCGAAUGAGCGAGGAAGAGUUAAGUGUGCUUCGGGCACAACUCGACGACCUUCUGGAGAAAGGYURGAUUCGGCCUAGCUCAUCGCCAUACGGUGCUCCUGUUCUCUUCGUCCGGAAGAAGAACAAGGAUUUGCGGUUGUGCAUCGAUUAUCGCAAGCUCAACGCACAGACGAUCAGAAACAUCGGCCCUCUCCCAGGCAUCGACGAUCUUCUCGAGCGACUGGGCGGCGCCAAGUUCUUCUCCAAGCUCGAUCUCAAGUCGAGAUGUCACCAACUCGAGAUCCGGCAGGAGGAUCGCUACAAGACCGCGUUUAAGACGCGAUAUGGGCAUUUCGAAUGGUUGGUUAUGCCAUUUGGCCUUACGAAUGCCCCGGCCACUUUCCAAGCGGCUAUGACAACGGAGUUCCGACACAUGCUGGAUCGAUACGUACUUAUCUACCUCGACGACAUCCUGGUGUACAUCCGGAGUUUGGAGGAGCAUGUGGAACACCUGCGCACCGUUUUGGAGCGGCUACGACAGGCCAAGUACAAAGCCAACCGCGACAAGUGCGAAUUCGCGCGGCAGGAGCUGGAUUACUUAGGACAUUAUGUGACGCCUCAAGGCAUCCGUCCGCUUGCGGACAAAAUCGAGGCCCUACGAUCGCCAAAGUUGCCAUUCGUAUUCGAUGACGACGCACGCCGGUCAUUCCAAGCACUUAAGACGACCAUGCUCAUGGCACCCAUCCUUAGCAUCUAUGACCCCACCCUGCCGACGCGAGUGACUACGGACGCUUCCGGCUAUGGCAUUGGGGCAGUCUUGGAACAGCACGAUGACGACGAUUGGAACCCUGUGGAGUAUUUCAGCCACAAAGUGCCUCCCAUCAACUCGCUUGAUGAUGCAAGGAAGAAGGAGCUGCUCGCAUUCGUCAUGGCUCUCAAGCGAUGGCGGCACUUCCUCCUUGGGCGUCGUAGGUUCACAUGGGUUACGGACAACAAUCCAUUGACCUACUACAAGACGCAGGAUACGGUGAGCAGUACAAUCGGACGAUGGAUGUACUUCAUCGACUUGUUUGACUUCACACCGAAACAUCUUCCCGGCCUCUCAAAUCGCGCAGCAGAUCUCGCGAAGACCUGAUCUUUGCGCUAUGACACAUCAUGCCUUCGCAUUCGACAAGGAGCUUCAGCGACACUUCAUCCGGGCAUAUGAGUCU